GAAAAGCAGAGGACGGAGGUUGGGGUGAAUGGAGUGUAUUUAUCUGUUUAGAGUGUAACGAAACUUUUUCAAAGAGAAGUCGAUUAUGUGAAAACCCAGCUCCACAAUACGAAGGGAUGAGAUGUAUGGGAUAUGCGGAAGAGAGUAACAAUGAAAAAUGUCGUGUCUGUAGGAUGACACCUUGCCCGGUUGGAAAGUAUGGACGCUACUGUGAGAUUGCAUGUGGACAUUGUGCAGGAACAGGAACAUGUAAUCUAAUUACAGGAAAGUGUCAGCCGUGUUUAAAUGGGUGGACGGGAGAAAAAUGUACAGCACCUUGCCCUGAAUUGACCUACGGUCACGCGUGUAAACAUUCAUGUCUCGAGAAGUGUAAUGGACGAGACUGCAUUGAACGAGUGCAAGGAAUAUGUUCUGCAAUAUACGAUGUGGGUUUAUCAGCUGUUGUGUACUACAUAUUCCUCGUUCUGCUUUUGGGGACCUUGUAUGGUUUCUGUAUGAGUAGGCUACGCUUGGAAAAGAAGCCAGAUGUAGUUGUGACAGUAAAGCGUGUGUCUUCUAAAGAAUACACGGUCACAGAACAAAUAGAGACUGAUGUCUAAUCACGGUUUACAAGGAG